AUGAAAUCCAACGACGCUGCAUGUCUGACAUGCCGUCAAAAAUCACGAAAAUGUGAUCGCGCGCGGCCGAUGUGCAAGCGAUGCAUCACCAAAGGGCUUCAAUGUGGAGGGUAUCCUGACAAGUUUCGAUUUUGCGGGAUUGCCAGCCGAGGCAAAUGGAAAAAUCGAGAUGCUCCCAUCGACCAAGUAUCAUCAACUCAGUCCCAGGCCAGCAAGUCAGAUUCUAGCACUCCGAAUAGGAUUCUCCCUCCAUCACAGAGCCUUACUCCAAACGACAGACCAGAGAUUGAACAAGUUCUCGGGUCAGCGGAUGCGGCAACUCUACUUUCACAUUGUGAAACUCUCUUUCUGGGUCUUGAUAUUCUAGCUAACGUGGACACAGAUGAUCGCGUUAUCUGCCCUCAUCAGAUCGCACAGCCUGUUGAUACUGGUGAAAACCCGUAUCGACGGUAUGUUCUCCCACUAGCAUAUGAGCAAAUCGGUCUUUUAUAUGCUGUGCUCGCACUAUCUGCAUGUCAUUUGGGACAUUUAAAAUCCGAUAAAAACCUUUACGAGGCGGCUGCGGUAGAUUAUCGGCUCAAGGCAAUUACAGAGCUUAGCGUGGCCAUCAGGAAAGUGUGCUCUGGAGAUUUCAGUGAUGAUGACCGGGACGGUCUAUUCGCCACCAUUCAAAUUCUUCUUCUACAUGAUAUCUGCGAGUCUGGAAUAUCAUCUCAUGGAGCUCACAUUUCUGGCGCCAUGUCUAUCAGUUCUCAGUUAAUGCUAGAUCAGCAUUUGUCCAUUUCCGAUGAAAGAACGGUCUUCUUUCUAGGAAAUUUGGCAUGGCUCGACAUCAUUCGCGCCUUUUCUGCCCCUGGAAGACUUUGUUUCUCCCAGAAACUUCGCGAGAAAUUAUUAUCAUUGUGCAACUUACGAUUCGAGUCAGUGAAUGGCUGUCCCCGCGAACUAGUCCUGUUGAUCGGGGAGGUUCUUGAACGUGCUAAGGCUCAUUCAACCGGUGACCUGGAGAUUGGGGAGUACAGUGAAAAUCUGCAAAGCCUGAUUGCAAAGUUUUAUACCUGGGAUAGCUCCCGCUGCUUCUACCCCGAUGACAAUCCGCUCUGGCUUUCCGUUACCGAGGCAUAUCGUCACACCUGCAUUCUGCGAACUCGACGUCUUUUAGAUGAGAACGAAUCAGCUGCCGAGCCUUGCAUACAAGAGUCAGUCACUGCAAUUUUGGACUCGAUCGCAAGCAUCCCAGGGUCCAGCCCGUUGAUCGAACUGCUGGUACUCCCCUUAUUUAUGGCUGGAGCCGAUUGUCUUUCUCCACAUUCAAGACACUACGUCUUGUUACGACUGCGAGAAAUUAAAGCCAGAUCCGAGAUGGGUAUUGCUGCACCUCAGACACUCCUCGAAAAGGUAUGGAAUGCACGGGCACAUAAGCCAGCACAUGAUCGAAGCAAUGUUCCGUGGAUGCUUUUUACACAUAGCUCUGAGAGCACACACCAGGAUGAUUACCUGAUUAUUUAG